AUGAGCUCACGUUCACUCGGCGAGCUCCUGCUCCGCCCGUCCCCCAUUGCCCGCACGCCGCUGUGCCAGAUCCGCCGGACGCCAGCAUCAUGGCCAUCUCGAAGCAUAUCCAACACACCUCAGGCGGCCGCGCAAUCGCAGGGCAAAGAAGAUGACUACGAUUACCGGUCCCAAGGACAGCAAAAACCAGCAUCACAAGCACCACAACAGCAACAACCCCCCAUCCGCCGCUCACCCAGCGGCCCAAGAGACACCUCGAAAGCCAUCGACUCCCUCUUCGGCAUGUCCUCGCAGCGCUCUCGCCCUCCACCACGCGGCCAAUCCACAUCCAGCGACGAAGUCCGCGCCGCACGCAACGCACACAUCUUUGGCGCCGGCUUCAGCAACCCCUCCGGCACAAACCGGCGCACCGGCCGCGGUCCACCAAAGCUCAACUUCGACGACAUGUCGCUGCCGACAGACAUGCUGGACCCGAACCUGUCCAACAAGCCGUCCGAGGCGGCAAGUCUGGCCACCCAGCAGCAAGAAACGUUCGCCAACUACCCGCGGCUGAAUCCGACGUAUGGGCGCUUGGUGGAGCUGGACGUCAGUCGGGGACGCGAUUUGGUGCGAGGCAUUGGCAUGUUGGGCAGUUUGGUGACGAGGAAUAAGGUCAAGCAUGAGAUGUUUAGGCAGAAGUAUCAUGAGCGGGGGGGCUUGAAGAGGAAGAGGUUGGCGAGUGAGCGGUGGAGGGCGAGGUUUAAGAAGGGGUUUAAGGAUGUUACGAGGAGGGUUAGUGAGUUGACUGCAAAGGGGUGGUAG